AUGGCCAAGAACAAACCAGGAGGGCAGAAGUCCAGGAAUGUAUUCCAUAUAGCCAGCCAAAAAACCUUUAAGGUUAUAAAUAAAGCAAAACCGGUUACCACUAACCUUAAGAAGAUAAACAUUGUAAACGAUGAAAAAGUUAACAGAGUGAAUACAUCUUUUGUAAACAUACAAAAGGAACUUUCAAACUUCUCAGAAGGGCUUUCCCUUGAACCUCUGCAGAAACAGCGGAUUUCUCAGCAGUGUCAUGAAAACAUACUAGUUAAUGUUGAUGAAGCCACAAGAUUAAUGCCUCAGUUGUAA